UCCUUCUGGCAUUUUAAUACCUCCACACCAUUCCUCCACCGACUCACUCCACCAGUGCGCAAAACCGAGGGAAGGUCACGGAGCCACGGAGAGGCAGAAAGAUCCCACCGCCCCCAACGCAUUUUCACGCCCGAGCGCUCAUUCUCCAGCCCGGUCUAGAACCCAGCCGGUUACCUGUAACAUCCGCCGGUCCUCGGUGCGUCGUGUCCGGGCAGCAGCGUCCCCAGUUUGAUCCAGUUCCAGCUGAACAGUGAUCGGUAUCAUCAGGAUGAAGAUGAGACAGCUCAGAGCUCUGUGUGGCUUCAUUCUGCUCACCCUGGCCGUUCUCACCAACGCCAGGCCAAAAGCAGGUCCUGAACAGAAAUGUAAGUCCGGCCCCGUGGAUCUGGUGUUCCUCAUCGACAGCUCUCGCAGCGUGAGGCCACAUGAGUUUGAGACCAUGAGGAAGUUCAUGAUCGACAUCCUGAACACUCUGGACAUCGGACUCAAUGCCACCAGAGUUGGAGUUGUUCAGUACUCCAGCCAGGUUCGCAGUGAGUUCACUCUGAAGGCCCAUGCUAAGCUGGAGAACAUGGUGAAGGGCAUCAACCAGAUCAUCCCCCUCGCUCAGGGCACCAUGACAGGGCUCGCCAUCAAAUAUGUGAUGAACGAAGCUUUUACUGCCGAGGCAGGAGACAGGCCAAAGGUCCCCAACGUGGCUGUGAUUGUGACAGAUGGACGUCCUCAGGACCGUGUGGCGGAGGUGGCAGCUGAGGCCAGAGAGAAAGGCAUUGAGAUCUACGCUGUGGGAGUGGCCAGAGCCGACAUGACAUCACUGAGGGCCAUGGCUUCCCCGCCCUUCGAAGAUCAUGUUUUCCUCGUUGAGUCCUUUGACCUCAUUCACCAGUUUGGACUGCAGUUCCAGGACAAGCUGUGUGGAGUGGAUCUGUGUCUGGAGUCGGACCACAGCUGUGAACACAUCUGUGAGAGCUCCCCCGGCUCCUACCACUGUCUCUGUCUGCCCGGAUACACUCUGAAUGACGACGGGAAAACAUGUGCAGCCAUCGAUCUGUGUGCUGAGGGAAAGCACGACUGUGAACAAAUCUGCAUCAGCUCCCCUGGUUCCUUCACCUGCGACUGCAGCAAAGGAUACAAACUGCACGAUGACAAGAAGACCUGUUCAAUGAUCGACUACUGUUCGUUUGGGAACCACAGUUGUGAUCAUGAGUGUGUGAGUGUGCUCAAUGGCUAUCACUGCCGCUGUAACGAAGGAUACAGGCUGCUGGAUGACGGCAAAACCUGCCAGGCUAUUGACCUGUGUGCUGAGGGGAAACAUGACUGUGAACAAAUCUGUGUCAGCACGCCGGGCGUCUUCACCUGCGACUGCAACGAAGGAUACACACUCAAUGAAGACAAGAAGACCUGCACACCCAUUGACCUGUGUGCUGAGGGAAAGCAUGACUGUGAACAGAUCUGCAUCAGUGCUCCAGGUGUCUUCACUUGUGACUGCAACAAAGGAUUUGAACUCAACAAGGACAAGAAGACCUGCACAAACAUGGACCUGUGCAACACGGUGGAGCACGGCUGUGAGCACCAGUGUGUGAGCACUCCAGGAUCAUACUACUGCAUCUGUCCUGAGGGCCAGCUGCUGCAGGAGGACGGCAAGAGCUGUGGCACCUGCAAGUCUGCCAACAUCGACCUGGUGCUUCUGAUCGACGGCUCCAAGAGCGUCCGGCCCCAGAACUUUGAGCUUGUCAAGAAGUUUGUUAACCAGGUCGUGGACUCUCUGGACGUGUCUGCUCACGGCACCAGAGUUGGUCUGGUCCAGUACUCGAGUCGGGUCCGGACAGAGUUCCCUCUGAACAUGUACCACACUGCAGAUGAGAUCAAAGCUGCUGUCAUGAAGGUUGAAUACAUGGAGAAAGGUACGAUGACAGGUCUGGCCCUAAAGCAUAUGCUGGAGAACAGCUUCUCAGAGGCCGAAGGUGCUCGUCCUUCCGGCCGCAACAUCCCCCGAGUCGGACUGGUUUUCACAGAUGGACGCUCCCAGGACGACAUCACCGAGUACGCCAAGAAGGCUAAAGAAGCCGGCAUCACCAUGUAUGCUGUGGGCGUAGGAAAAGCUGUGGAAGAUGAGCUUCGUGUGAUUGCAUCAGAACCUUUGGAGAAACAUUUCUAUUACACCACUGACUUCACCGCCAUCAGCACCAUCGCUGAGAACCUCAAACUCAACGUCUGCCCAGAGGAGAGUCAGGGGGAGAUCGAGGUGAAGGAUCCUUGUGCCUGUGAGAGUCUGGUGGAGUUCCAGCAGGCCACCAUGAGCAGCCUGGAGCAGAUCACACAGAAACUGGCCGGGAUGACCGCCCGUCUGGAGCAGCUGGAAAACCAGCUUCUUUCCAGGAAGUGAUCUGGUCAUCGUGAUGAGCAAAUGGGACAGCACAGAGGGAAAAACGCAGGAUAAGGAAAAGGAUGGCACAUCCUGACAAAAUCAUUGAAGGGGGAACUGAAAAACCCUUCCCAUCAACACACAAAAUCAAAAAAAAUGUCCUCUCACGAAACCUUUGUAGCCUUCAGUACCUCUGUUGCUCUUCUUGCUCAUAUGAGUGUAAGAAUUAUUGGAAAGUUUGUGAUAUAGAAUCGAAUUUGUGGCACAGUUGUAAAUUACAUAAUUAUGUACACUUUAUUCUGCAAAAAGAAGAAAAAAACAACACCACAUACACUUUCUCAUCAUUUCUAGCAUAUUGAAUGACUCAAUGCAAAAGUACAACACACAUGAUGAAUGCAGUCAAGAUAUUAUUCAACAUUUGUCACUGACCUCAGUGUAACUUAUAUUAAUGCACUUCAUCUGUGCACACAGAGGAUCACAGGCAUGUUGGCUAGAAGCUAGAAGUAAUCAAUGUAGAUAUAAGCACAAAACAUUAUUCAUCUUUCAGUGUUCAUUCAUAGUCACACACCAUCCAUCUGUUUCUUUUAGUGCUCUAUUUAUACUUGAUCUGUUUUGUACGGUUUGUUAAAUAUGAUGUAUUUAUAGCUUAUUGAUCUGUCUUUUUUUUUUUCUUGUUUUUUACCAACUGUAGAAUAGAAGACAAAAAAGUCGAAAGUGGGAGGACAGGAGUUAUAAAAUGAAGUGUUAUUACCACUCCCAGUACUAAAGUGGCUCGGCUCAUUUUGAGAUAACAUCAUCACUCAGUAGCCUGCAGACUCUCGGUUUUAAUCUACUCCAGUCCGGCUUUGAAAUAGGUUAGAAUUUGUAAUUUUUUUUAAAAAGGGAAUUUAAAGUUUCAAGCAUCACUCUUUACUAAAGCUGUGGUCUGUUGUGGAUAGAGGAAGAUAAGGAGGUAUUAUAGGAAGUAGAACACGGUAUAUUACCAUGAAUAAAUAUGGCUUUUUGUUCAGCAGCUUUGCUCUGCACUGUCUAGAUUAGACCACAGGGUGCACUUCACCUGUUCAUGUUAGUUUACAUACAGUACAGAUCAUGUCACCUGCAUUUCUUCAUUCUUGCUGCAGAGUGUGCUGCCCAUCGGUGCAUGUCAACAGGAGCAACACCAAUAUUCAACUCAAACGACUGACUUCUUACAUUUAAUACAGUCCCUCCAUCACUCAGUUGUUAUCAUCAGGCUGUUUGUAAAUUCAUACUACUGCCUCAGCUAUGAUAGUGCAGGAUGUCUUCUCUCUUAUAGUUUUAUAAAAAAAAAUAUUAAAAGACCACCACAAAUUUAUAGCCCUUUAUAUUUGAAUGCCUGUAUGUUUUUGUAUAUUUUCUAAUAGCUUUACAUUUUUUGUAUUUUUUUAAUGAAUCUCUGUAUUAGAGCACAGAAGCAAUAAAGGAGUGAACUUUUCA